AUGGCCACCUCCUCCUGCCCGCCGUCAUCCUCCAACAUGACCGUCGUCGACAUCCACACGCACAUGUACCCCCCCUCGUACAUCAAGAUCCUCGAGUCCCGCUCCUCCAUCCCUCUCGUCCGGUCUUUCCCUCAGUCUCCGGACCCGCGCCUCAUCCUCCUCCAGGCCGAGGUCGAGUCCCUCGACGAUGCGCUCGCGAACAAGCCCGGCGCCAAGGUCCCCGGCCGGCCCCUCACCUCCGACUACACCUCGCUCGACCAAAAGGUCCGCUUCAUGGACGCCCACCGCAUCGACAUCUCCGUCAUCUCCCUCGCCAACCCCUGGCUGGACUUUCUCGAUGCAGACGUCUCCGGCAGGUUCGGCACCGAGGUCAACCAGGAGUUUUCAGACAUGUGCGCCAGGCACCCAGGUCGCCUCUUCUUCUUCGGCACCCUGCCCCUGACGGCGCCUCUCGACACCAUCCGCGCUUCCAUCGCACAGCUCGCGACCCUCAAGUACUGUCGCGGCGUCAUCCUCGGCACGUCUGGCCUCGGAAACGGCCUCGACGACCCGAAACUGCUGCCCAUCUUCGAGGCCGUCGCCGCCGCUGGGCUCACCGUCUUCCUGCACCCGCACUACGGCCUCCCCAACGCCGUCUGGGGCCCGCGAGCGGCCGAUUACGGCCACGUCCUGCCCCUCGCCCUCGGCUUCCCUAUGGAAACAACCAUCGCCGUCGCGCGCAUGUACCUCGCCGGCGUCUUCGACAAGGUGCGCGACUUGCGCAUGCUGCUCGCUCACAGCGGCGGCACCCUGCCCUUCCUCGCCGGCCGCAUCGAGAGCUGCAUCCUGCACGAUGGCCAGCUCGUCGCCGAGGGCAAGGUCGGGCCGGAUCGCCGCACCGUCUGGGAUGUACUCAAGGAGCAGGUCUAUCUCGAUGCCGUCAUAUACUCCGAGGUGGGCCUCAAGGCGGCCAUCGACGCGAGCGGCGCGGACAGGCUCAUGUUUGGCACCGACCACCCAUUCUUCCCGCCUUUGCAAGCCAACGAGAAGGGUCUGUGGGAGAGUGUGAGCCUCAACGCCGAGGCCGUGACCAAGGCUGUUGGCGAGGGAUCCGCAGAGGCCAAGGCCAUCAUGGGUGGCAACGCCGUCCGCAUCUUGAGGUUGCAUGAAGAGGCGUAG